UCAUUGGAUUGUUUAUCUAAUAUGAUUGCUGAUGACAUUCAAUUAAGAGAUGAAGUUAUUCAUGUUAAAUUAAUUGAAAUAAUUUUGGUACGAGAUAUAAUUAAUAGUAGUGUUGGACAUUUAAUUGAAGCACUUCUCAAAGGAAGACCAUUCAUUUCAGUAAGUAAAGUAUGUCAACUUAUUCCAAUAAUCACAAAAUUCCAAGUAUGUGAGGAAGGGGUUAUUUGUACUCGACUACUUUUAAAUAUGUCAAAUGAAAUUAUUGAUAAAAUGAUUAUUUCUACUCUCCAAAUGAUUAUUGGUCAAGCAUCAACUUCAUUAGCUUGUUUUCAGUGUAUAGGAACUAUUUAUGCAACUGAUCAUCCAACUUUAAUUUCUUUAUUUAUUAAACCAACAAUAGAAAUACUCUUUCAAUAUGCAACAAUGAUUAGUGAUUCAUUAAAAAUAAAAACACCAAGAUCAAGUUUACGCUCAAACCUAUUAGUAGAUGAAACAUCAAUUAGAACAUUUUUAUGGACAGUAGAAAAUUUAUUUGCUACUCUUUGUGAAUUAGAUAAAAAAGAAGCACAUUCUAUUCUUUCAAUAUUAAUUCCAAGUAAAAUCAUUUCAUCAACAAUUCUAUGUAUUUUUGAUCAAUCAAUUAAUGUUUGUAGAGAAGCAUUUUCAACAAUACAUUCAAUUAUAACAAUUAUUUCAAAUAUUCCACAACUUAUUAUUACAUUAAUUAAUACUGAUAAAUUUUUUGAUAUAUUUGAAAUAUUAUUUAUACAAUUAGAGCCAAAUGAAGUUUAUCAUCUUUUAGAAUUGACUCUCAUUUUAGUUUCUUCUCAAAAUACUCAAAUCAUCUUGGAAUUAACUGAAAGAAAUGUUUUUGAACAAGUAGAUUUAUUUACUACAUCAAACAAUACUGAAAUUGCUAAUCUAGCAGAAGAGAUUCUUAGAAUUGAACAUCUUUACAAUUUUAACUCAGAUGAAUUUGAAUUAUAA